UCACCAUGGGGAAGAUCAGUGGCCUUGUGGUUCUGCUUCUAGCGGUCUUCAUCACCGGUGCUAGCAACGCCUUGGCAAAGGAAGGACCAAAGGGAAAGUCUGGAGAACUAAAAGAUGGCAAAAGGGCGCCCAAAGAUGCCCCACUGAAGGAAAAUCGCGCCCCCAGAUACUACACCGAACAGCCAUCUUACGAUUGCAGUUCAUACGAAUGGCAAUGCUAUUACAACGGUCAAUACUCCAACUGCUACUACGGGGAAGAUGAAAGUUAUUGUAACGUCUCAGUUCGCCUUGUGGGUGGUAGCUCCUCCAAGGAAGGUCGCGUUGAGGUGUAUUACCAAGGUCAGUGGGGAACGGUUUGUGACGAUCAUUGGGGCGUUGCUGACGCUAACGUCGUCUGUCGCAUGCUUGGCUUACCACCUGCAACCGAUGCCUGGAGAAACGCCCACUUCGGUCAAGGCUCUGGUCUGAUUGCUCUCGAUGAUGUCAACUGCCGAGGCAACGAAUCCAGUAUAGCUGAAUGUCAACAUAGAGGCUGGUUUAGCCACAAUUGCGGACAUCACGAAGAUGCGGGAGUUACCUGCGGGGAAGCCCCCGUGCACAACACAGACAGUCCACCGUGCUACACCGAAGAACCCUCUUACGGUUGCAGUCCAUACGAAUGGCGAUGCUAUUACAGUGGUCAGUGUAUUCCAGACUUCCAAAGAUGCAACGGGUACUCCAACUGCUACUACGGGGAAGAUGAAUACGGCUGUUAUGGUUACCACACAGAAAGCCCACCCUUCAAUACCGAGGAACCUUCGUACGGCUGCCGUUCAUAUGAAUGGCAAUGCUAUUACAACGGUCAGUGCAUUCCAGACUACCAAAGGUGCGACGGAUACUCCAACUGUUACCUUGGAGAAGAUGAGUACAAUUGCUACGGUUACUACACAGAGGGCCCAUCCUAUUUCACUGAAGAACCCUCUUACAGCUGUAGUCCCUACGAAUGGCGAUGCUAUCACAACGGUGAGUGUAUUCCAGACUACCAAAGAUGCGACGGAUACUCCAACUGCUACUACGGGGAAGAUGAAAGCGACUGUAAUGGUUACUACACAGAGAGCCCGUCCUAUACCGAAGAACCUUCGUACAGUUGCAGUUCUUAUGAAUGGCGGUGUCCUUUCACCGGUCAGUGUAUUCCUGACUACCAGAGAUGCGACGGGUACUCGAACUGCUACAGUGGGGAAGAUGAACACCACUGUUAUGAAACAUUCCGCUGUUCUGACGGCACCGAAAUCCCACAGGCGUUUACAUGUGACCGCAUCAUUGAUUGUCGCUAUGGCGAAGACGAGUUGCAGGACUGUAGAGCAUUCCACAGCAAAAGGGAUGAAACUGAGUUGAACCCCCGACUUGAACAGCUUCUGGCAAAAAGGCGCCAAACUGAUGACGCUAAGUAGAUUCGCAAAGAAAACAACAGUUCCGGACCUGAGCCUCACCAGGAAAUGAAACUGACCAAUGGCAAAGAAGAGGACUAUUAUGUCCAUUCAAUUUAACUUAGCAUUAGUUUUAAUUAAUUUUUUUCGUAUCUUUUUGUUUCUCAACUGUUCUUGGAUCUAGUGCUCCAAGCCUCCAAUGCAGGUUGCAUUUUUCAGUCGGUCUACUCUAAAAUGGUCUGCAUUCAAACAACUAUUGGCGCUAGCAAUAUAAAAAUUCCUCGCGUGGAAUACACUGACCCGAUAUUUCGCAAGACACAAAUCUUGCCGAUUGUUUAUCCCUCAAAAUAUGGAGAGCCUGACAUUUCGAUCCUAGCAGAAUUAAUCUUUCUCAACCGAGAUACAUUCCUGCCAAUAAUCGCUUUCCAAUGAGAGAUAUACUUUCCGCCGCAGGAAGUGAAAGAGGGUUUUCAGUCCGUGGCCCAGAUAGCUGAGGAAUGUAUCAUCCUGGGCUCGAAGAAAACAUUAUGAGAAUCCAAUCCAGCAGCAAGAUAAAGUUUUGUGGAAGUUAUUCAUUUGAAAACGUGCACUGAUGUGAAGCAUGGGCGUAAAUCCCGGGAGAUGGGGGCAUACAUCCCCCUGCACUAUUUGUGGGGGGGGGGUAGGUUACUGAAUCAUCCCCCAGUUGAAAUAUUAUUGAAGAGGGAAAUCAAUUUUUAAAAGCCAUAAAUAUGCCAUUCUGAUGUAAGAUUCUGCCUGAAUUUGAUAUGCAUUACAGACGUACAUCUUUCUCAUGAACAUCAUCCCAAGUGCACACGGUACAGCCCCCCUUUUCAAAUUUCCAUGGCCAGGCAAGCCAUCCCCCACCUUUCCCCAUCCUCCAACAUUUAGCAAAGCUCAGCUACCUCUCUGAUGAGAAAACAUGAAACUUCUCCACAGAUGUAACAACUUCUUUAUACAAAGAUCAUUCACCACAGGGCAAACUUGGAUACUUUAUCAUUGCUUAUUUAUAUAUUGCCUGUUUGUUCUCCAUUAAAAAUAUGUACUACCUAUAAUUAUCUUCAUAAUCUUCAUAUUUGUUGCGUAAACUGUUUGAAUCCAACAUUUUGGCUAAAUUCUUAUUUGUCUAAAUGUUGUUUCUUUGAAUGUUGAAUGAUGAGGAGUCUCCAGUGAAUAAAAAAUACCGAUUGACGCAUCUCUGUGAUUUUAGAAGCCAGUAUGACCCCUUGUGAGAAAUGGUGCAAGCUAAAAAUCGCAGAUGACAUCUGUCCAAAAUGACAGCAUGUGCUCACACCUUUACCGGGACACGUUGUACUUUUCAGAAAAAAAAUGCGUUAACGAGGAAAGUACUUUGGUUAUCCAUGAGUCACCAUAAUUUGCGCACUUCGUACUUUGACUAAAAUUUGUUCUUGAAUAUACCAAUUUUUUUGUGGCUUCAAUUUCAGUAGUUCAAAGUCUGAAUAAAAUCCAACGUGGAAUAAUUUUAUGAAGAAGCAACAGGAACACUGUCGUCUGCAAACGAGUCGGAUCGACUGUAGUAAAACCUACGUCGCCGUAAUUGGCGCAAGAACGUUGCAAACGUCAUUUUAUUGGGUAUCAGUAAUGCCCUUCUUCUGAAAAAUCUGCCAGUUAUUAACAACUCUAGAAUGAAAAAUUAUUUUUUGCAUUCAUUUCUUUGGUUUAAUAGUGCAGUUUGAGGGAACAAACCCUUUUAUUCGCAAUAGCUUGACUUACGAUCACUUUCUCUUUUUCAUUUUCCUAGAUUUAUUUUUUUUUUCAAUUUAAUUAAAAGUUACCGUGAGGCAUGAUUUUUUAAUCUUUCAAAUACGUCAUAAUUAGCAUUAAUAUCAGUAAUUAUCUGGAUAUUAUGAAAAACACUUCUCUUUCUCGGUGUAUUUCUGAAAAAGUCACAAAAUACAAUUCCAGCGAACCCGCGGCCGUCGUCGCCAACGGUAAUCUCACAAUAUAAGGUGCACAGUAUUUUUUCAGGGUCCAUAUUUUUGUUAACGCCCUCAAUAUUUGGCAAGAGUUGAUGGAAGUCGGCAUUAGUGCCCGUAUCGGACGUCCAACAUCGAUCGUGAACGACCAGCGAUCAUUUAGCCAUUUUCUAGACAAUUUCAACCGGUUGCAUUUUGCAUUUAAUCUGUAAAGUAAAGCUUUGUGCUCUGUUGAUAUUUCCUCCCGAUUCUACCUGGAAAAGCUUUUAAAUCGCACAUAGCUACAAAACGAAAAACGUCGAAGUGAUGAUCGAACAUCAACAGUAAAUUAACGUCAGUGCAUAAUUCGUUAAAGAGUUUCACAAGUAAGUUGGAUGCGCGAAUAUUUGUUUGCGCGAAUUUAGGGUACUCAACUAUAAAAAUGGCAUAUUGUGAUUGUUCGUGAUUAAUGCCUUUCAGCACAGUAUAAAUUCUGGCAUACCUUUUACGUUGAUUUUUUUCCCUUUGUAGAAAUAAAGAGUUAGUUUCGAGCACUUUG